AUGGAGGGAGUGUUCCGGAAGAGUGCGAACAUCGGAAGCAUCAAAAGGUUGCAGGACAGAAUCAACAAAGGUACGGUAGUUGAGACCAUAGACUGUUACUUAUUUCGUACUUUUCAGGAGAGAAGAUUGACUUUGAAAACGAUCCGGAAUACAAAGACAACGAGUACGUGGCGUGUCUGCAUGCAUCUGUGCUUCUGAAGACGUUCUUCCGAAGUCUCGGAGAACCAUUGACUACAAAUCGGCUUUACUCGAAACUCGCUGCUCUUUCAGGUGAUUAUUCAGGUAUGGGCUGAAGUCUGAAUCAUCUCAACUUUCAGAAGUGUCUAAAACUGAAAAAAGUGCAGCCGUGAAGGACUUUGUGAAACUCCUCCCUCGCGACAAUUACGUUCUCCUCAAAACGGUGGUCAAGUUCCUGACGAAAGUGGCCGACAAUAGCAAGGUGAAUCUGAUGACGGCCAACAAUCUGAGCGUGGUGUUCGGACCGAAUCUGACGUGGCCGACGGACCAGGAAGUGCCCAUCUCGCAGCUGAACAACCUUAAUAACUUCUGCUACAAACUGAUUGUCGACUACGAUUCCGUGUUCGAUCACUAG